AUGGAUGCAGGACGGAAAAUCUCAAGCGACAGCCUCUAUGGAGCACCAUCAACACCACAUCCUCUCCUGUAUGCAGACGAUGUGGUGUUGAUGGCAGAAAACAGAAAAGAACGUGAAGAAAAAACACAGAGAUGGAAGGACCAAUUAGGAUCGUAUGGCUUAAAGCUCAACACAAAGAAGACAGAAUAUAUGGAAGUGGGAGGUCAAACUUCAGAAAGCAUAUACAUCGAUGAGAAGCCAAUCAAGAAAGCGAGUACAUUCACCUAG